UUGUAUUCUACCAAAAAUUCUUUUCUCUCACUCCCAAUUUAGAGAAUUUGAGAAUGCCAAAAAAAGUAGAGCUGAUUUCUUCAUCUCUUGUUAGGGGCACUGCAACUGCUGCUUCAGUGUCAAGAUUGGAGCUUAAUCCAUGGGAUUUACGAUUCCUCCCAAUCUCCCCCAUUCAAAGAGGCCUCAUAUUCCACAGCCCUCACUUCCAAUCUCAACAAAACCUAAUCCAACGCCUCCAAACCUCACUCUCCCGCGCUCUCGACUUCUUCCCUCCCCUCGCCGGCCGCCUCGCCGCCACCCCGCACGACGGCGACACGGCGAGCUUCCACGUGGACUGCGACAACGCAGGAGCCGAGUUCACCCAUGCAGUCGCCGCCGCCGUCUCCAUCUCCGACAUCAUCGAGCCGACGUAUCUACCGGAAAUCGUGUCUUCCUUGAUCCCGAUCAAUACAGGCGUCACUAAUUACCAAGGAAUUUCAAAGCCUCUGUUGGCCGUGCAAGUCACGGAGCUCGCCGACGGCGUCUUCAUCGGCUGCGCAGCCAAUCACGCAGUCGUGGACGGCGCUUCCUUCUGGCAUUUCUUAAACUCCUGGUCGGAGAUCUCCCGUGGUUCGGAAUCGAUUUCGAAAUCCCCAAUUUUCGACCGCCGCAACGCCGCCGCCGGCGUUGAUGAAAACAGACUCAUCCAUAUCCCUACAUUAGAGAAAAACCUAAAGGCUCCAAUUCCAUUGCUGCAGCAGAAGCUAUUCCACUUCAGCAAAGAAACAUUAGGUCAAUUGAAGGCUAAAGCCAAUUCCGAAGCCGGCACUGACAAAAUAUCUACUCUGCAAGCACUCAUGGCUCAUCUAUGGCGGAGCACAGUGCGAUCUCAAACCACUAAUAACGAUCCAACCACUCCCGUUAUGACAAUCGUGAUUGGCGCGAGAGCGAGGAUGUCGUCUUUUCCGGAUGGAUAUUUUGGGAACGCGAUUUGUUCUGCUACGUUGGCGAUUGGCGAGGAUGAGCUAUUGCAGGAAGGAUUGGGCGCCGCCGCGCUCAGGAUCAAUGAGGUGAUUUCCGAGAAAACUGAUGAGGCGAUCGCGCGCGACGCGGAGAAGAAGGCGCAACUUGGGCGAAUGGGGGUGGGCAUGGGGGGUGGGCCCCCUCUUCUCGUCGGAGGUUCUCACCGGUUUGAUAUGUACGGCUGUGAUUUCGGAUGGGGGAAACCGAUUGUUGUGAGGAGUGGAAACGCGCGGAAAACUGAGGGAUUGGUGGUGGUGUCGCCGGCGGCGGAAGCCGAUGGUAUCGACCUCGAAGUUUACUUCAAGAAGAAGACGUUACGGCCAAUGGAGGAGUUCCUAACUAUGCUCCACCAAUAAGGUCCCAACGUGACAUCUUCUAUUGAAUUCAUAAUAAUAAUAAUAAUAAUAAUAAUAAUAAGAAGGUUAUACAAUAUUUAUUGUUCAAUUUUGAAUAUUUAGGGCAUCCACUAUUGGGGGACGCCGGCGUCCCCUCAGGCCCCAAUUGCCGCACUCCCUUUCCCGCGCCCAGCCUCGCCUCCGAACUCACAACCAUUUUUGAUUGGACGCGUGUUAUACGCAGCCCAAUCAAAACAUAGCAUUAAGAUAAAAUUAUCGUUGGGCUCCACUUCAAUUGUAGCUUUCGUUUUUUUUUUUUCUCUAUUAAUUAUUUCCUCUAUAAAUACUACGUACAUUUCUUCUCUUUUCCAUUCACUUCCCUAUCCUCUCUUCUCUACUCACAAAUCCAAAAAUAUGUCAUCCUCCAAUAAUUAAUCUUCCAACAAUUAUUCGUCGAAUUCUUCAUGUGACCAAAAAAUUCCGAACCAAGAUCAUCUUCUAUUUUCCGAUCCAAAUGUCAAUCUCGAAUUUUUUUAUGCAUCUUCCUUCCAAUUUCUUGCAAGCUGCGAUUUUUUUUAAUUAAAUUUGAUCAUAUUGCACAACAUAAUAAUAGAGGACGAAUGAGAGAUUGCAACAUAUUGGGAUGUCAACGCCGAUGGUGAUGAUCAAGCAACGGUCAUCAAACAGAGUUCAAUACCGGAGCACCGUCAGAAUUCGCCGCCUAUAUGGCCCGAAGUUCAAACAUGAAGGGCAGUCGUUUGCACGCUCGCCUCCACGACGAUUUAGUCGAGCAUAUAUGGGCACUCUUUGAUCCCGUCGAGACAUAGUUCGUAGAUUUAAUUUUCUCAAAAUUAUUGUAAUGUUUCUUGAUUUUUUGUUUUUUAUUAAUGUAAUGUUUGAUUUUUAUUUUAAUGAAAUUUAAAUUGUUAAAUUUAA